CCUCUACUUCCGCCCGCGUGACCCUGACGCGAGGAGGCCACGCCCCGUGACGUCACGGUCAGGAGGAGGAAGAAGAAGAAGCGUCGAGGAAAUAAGAAGCUUGAAGGGGAAGAAGGUUUGAAUCGGCUGCUGGGUGAGAAGAGGAGGAGGAGGAAUAGGGCACUGCUGAGUUGUAGAGUGAACCUUCUGCCAAAAUGGAUCUGUUGUUUGGACGCCGGAAGACGCCAGAGGAGAUGCUGCGGCAAAAUCAACGGGCACUGAAUCGUGCCAUGCGAGAACUGGACCGUGAGCGGCAGAAAUUGGAAACUCAAGAGAAAAAGAUCAUUGCUGACAUCAAGAAGAUGGCCAAACAGGGGCAGAUGGAUGCAGUAAAGAUCAUGGCUAAAGACCUGGUGCGGACAAGGCGAUACGUGAAGAAAUUCAUCAUGAUGCGGGCUAACAUCCAAGCAGUAUCCCUCAAGAUACAGACCCUUAAGUCAAACAACUCCAUGGCUCAGGCAAUGAAAGGUGUAACUAAAGCCAUGGCCACCAUGAACAGACAGCUCAAGUUGCCUCAAAUCCAGAAGAUCAUGAUGGAAUUUGAGAAGCAGUCAGAGAUAAUGGACAUGAAGGAGGAGAUGAUGAAUGAUGCCAUUGAUGAUGCCAUGGGAGAUGAGGAAGAUGAGGAGGAAAGUGACGCUGUUGUCUCCCAGGUGCUGGAUGAACUAGGUUUGACGCUGACUGAUGAGCUGUCUAACUUGCCUUCAACUGGUGGUUCUCUGAGUGUGGCAGGAGCAAAGAAAGCUGAGAGCCAGGCAGCUCUUGCUGAUGCUGACGCUGACUUGGAGGAGCGGCUAAAGAACCUACGCCGGGACUAAAAGAGAUGAAGCUCAGCCCUCCCCUCCCUGGCAUGGUCUGGGCUGUUAAGACACUCACACCUUAGGACAACCUCUGUCAUGCCAAAGGGAUACAUCUUUAAAGGCUUGUGGAGGGUGGCUGUGGGCAGCAUACUGAGAGGAGAAAGUUUGGUUUAAAUAGGGCUGUGUACUGCUCUUACUUCUCCUUUUCUUUUUCCUUUUAAAAAGACUUAUAGUAUCACCUGGUGAGGUUGUUGGGAGUAAGGGUUUUUCUUUUUCUCAUUUCCUAUUUCUUGUAAAUGGUUCCCUUCCACAAUCCUGAGUGGUCUGGAAACUCGUAUAAGCUCUCUUCUAAAUGGAGGCUCACAUAGCCUAUUAUAAUCACUACCCAGUUCCCAAAGCCCUUCUGCCAUUGAUCGGAGGGGGAAAGAGUGGAGGAGAGAACAGGAGCACCAUGGCUCACAGCCUCCUGAGAUGGUGGCAAGAGCCUUCCCAGCACUUUCUUGGCUUAAAGCUUUAUAUAUAACUGUGUCCCUUUGAAACGGGUCCCCCUCGUCAUUGUGUCCAUCUGCCUCUUGUAAUAAAGGUUGUAGAUUUGUAUUGAAAGGACCUGUGGUGUUUGCUAUUGAUGCCACAGUGGAGUGUUGAAGCCAUGCUAUCCUGGCUAUAUUUGACUUCUUACAGUGUGUUGGCACUGCUGUUGCUUUGUUUCUGGCUGUGUGAUCUGUGACCUUUGGAGCAUAAGGUAUAUGCUGUCGGAUUAUGUGUUAUGCUAGGAAUUUUUGCAGGUAUAUUGACUUGAUUUUGCUUUCUUGACCUUGAGUUUAGAAACAGUGAAACUGCCACCAUCAGGUUCUGUCUGCAUUCACUCCCCCACUAUUGCUGCUUUUAAAUUUUUAAAAUUUCAGGGUUCUGAAAUCUUGCAGUUUUUCAGCCUUUUUUUCCUCAACCUUUUCCUUCCAGUUGAGGAUGGAUUCUUGGAAAACAUUUUUGUCCUUUAUCUUGGAAGACUAAUAGGAGAACUAGAAUUUUUUUUAAAUUUGGCAUUGGGAAAGAAGAACCUGAACCUCAUGGAAAUCUUUGAAGCAGUCUUGGGGCUGGAGAUGGUUGUGGACCAGGUUUAGAGCACCUUUUGGUGCCAUUUUGUUGGAAUCCUGUCUUAUUAUGUACAAACCAACAUACUAGCUGGCUAAUCCCACUGUAAAUGGGAACAGCUGAAAAACUUCUCCUUUUUUCCUUAUUGGAGGAGAAAUAGCCAUUUCUUCUUGAUUCAAAUGUCAUGCUAAACAAACUGGUUUGUCAGCCAUUUUUGCUGACUUGUACA